CAAUAAAAAAAAUAUGAUAACAAACAUGGCGCGAUAGAAAGAAGCGUCUUCGUAUGGAUUUGUUUAUUAGGUCAACGUUUGUAUAAGGGAUAAUUGUCUUUACAGAUUAUGUCGUCACAUACAAGGGGGCGGAAUCUCCAUGUUAACGUGCGGAAAAGGAGGUGCCGGGGCGAAGGCGCUCGGCGGUAGACGCGUGUGCGGGUGAUAUGCAAGCGGCGCCGGCGCGCUACGUGUCAGUGAGCGAGCUGUAUUCUACCGACGAAGUGGAGCUGUUGCUUGACGAGAUUCGCGAACUGGAGCCCACGAGCUGCCGCGGCGAGGACGUGCAGGACUUCGAGAUCGCGGGCAGCGGGUGCGAGGGGUGCGGCGGCGGCGGCGGCGGCGGCGCGGGCGCGGGUGGUGGCGGGCGGUCGCCGGCCGGCACCGAGCUGACCGAGCGCUCGUGGGACUCGCACGCGCACUACCGCCGCGAGCCGCCGCCGCGCCCGCGCCCGCUCGCGCCGCUCUACUGCCGCCUGCGCCUGCUGCUCGGCCUGCGCGGCGCCUGCACGCUGCUGCUGCUGGCGUGCUGUGCGGGCGCGUGCGGCUGCGUGUGGGCCGCGGCGGGGCUGCGCGCGGCGCAGCUGCCGCUGGCGGCGCGCGUGCAGCUGCUGCAGCUGGCCGCGCUGUCGUCGCUGCUGCUGCACGCCGUGCUGCUGGCCAUGCACGUGACCGGCCUGGCCGCGCUGCUGCCCAUCGACUGGGCCAAGCUGGGCGCCUGGACGAGCGUGUGGAGCGGCGCGUCGCUGUGCUGCGGCGGCGCGCUCACGCUGCACGCCGUGCUGGCCGCGCCCGACUACCGCUGGGCGCCCGCGCACCUCGCGCGCCUCCUCCUCUCCGCCUCGGGCCUCGGGCUGGGCGGCGCGGGCGCGGCAGGCGUGCUGGCGGCGGCGGGCGCGCGGUCGCUGUGCGCGUGGCGGCCGCUCGGCCCCCCCGCGGGCCGCCCGCCGCGCGGCUCGCGGCCGUCCCGCGGCUCGGCCGGCUCGGCCGGCUCGGCCGGCUCGCUGCGCUGCGCCUACCGCGCCGUGCCGGCCGCCGCCAGCGCCGCGCCGCUGCCGUCCACGUCGCGCGACCACCCCUUAUAGUGACGCCCGCCGCCCACCGACUUCUGAGCGGCCGGCGCCCGCGACGAUCUCGAUGGCGUGUCCUGCCGCGCGACUCGUGCCCCGUGCGCUGCGAUGUUGCGCUCGUGUUCCGCGCCCGUUCGCGUAUCUACUCGAUCGA